CUUUUUCGAAAGCAAGCCAGGGCCACAGAUAAAAAUGACGAUGAUGCUCCAGACAACCUCAACUCAACGAUAAGUCAAGAUUCGAGGCUUGCAUGUUCAUUUUCUUUCGGUUUCGGGUUCAAUAAUUAUGCUUUGGUAUUUUUCUGUGUUUUGGUUUUGGACGAAGGGAGAAGAAAAAGGGGCCACCAGCUGUCGUGCGUCUCGCCAUCGGCGAAGGAAGAUCCACUGCUAGACACGACAAAAAGAGACUGGGCUCCCUAAUUUGAGAUUCAUUUGGGUAAUUUCUCUUAAACUCGAUUUAGCAAAGAUUAGAGAAUUUACAUGAAAAUGGAUCAUGAGGUGGAUUUGACAUGGAUUCGCAGAU